GUUCGAUAUUAUGAUACCACAUGGUAACGGAGGUAAAAUGGCGUUAACUGUCCCCUGCGUUGCUGUACGAGGUUCAACUGGUAUCAGUUUGGGGCAAGGGCCACCUUCCUAUGAACCGGUGACGACAUUUCCUAAAGAUGAUAGUAAAUUAUGCAGAGUUAUGUUAUUUAGUCCAGAUGGACGUUACUUCGCAUGGACCAAUGGAACCUGUGUUAAAAUCGUCCUUUGUAACACAUGGAAAGUUAUCAAAGAAAUUAAAAAGCCCAAAGUUAGUGCUAUACGAUUUUCCAGUAAGGGGACAUAUUUUAUGACGUGGGAGCCAUACACCGCAACAUUAAAUAAUCCUCAAGGAUCUCCUAAUCUUUACAUAUGGAAGACAGAAAGCAAUGAAUUAGUGAAGAGUUUUGUACAAAAAAAACAGAGUGAUUGGGAGCCUCAAUGGUCAAGCGAUGAGAAAAUCUGUGGAAUAUUGAUGGGUGCAGAUGUCAUAUUUUAUGAAGAUGCCAAUUUUGAAAAAAUUGUACACAGGAUAAACAUAGCCACAGUUGCUAAAUUUAGUAUAGCGCCCAAUAAUGCUCCGUACCACAUCCUUUGCUAUGUGCCUGGAAAAUCAGGUCAACCCUCGCUCGGUAGACUAUUCCAGUAUCCAAAGUUCCAAUCAAAGCAAGCUCUGGCUAAUAAAAGUUUCUUCCAGGCUGAUAGGGUAGAUAUUUAUUGGAAUCAAAAAGGAACAAGUGCUUUAUUAAUGACCAGCACGGAAAUGGAUAAAGCUUCCUAUUAUGGAAAACAAACUUUACACUACGUUAAUACAAAAAGUGAAACUGCAAUGGUCAUGUUCAGUAAAGAAGGUCCUAUUCAUUCAGUGCAAUGGUCUCCAAAAAAUACUGAAUUCUGUGUUGUUUAUGGUUUUAUGCCUGCUAAAGCUACACUCUUUAAUCUUAAAUGUGAACCAAUAUUUGAGUUUGGUGCACUGCAUAGGAAUAGUAUAUAUUAUAAUCCCCAUGGAAACAUUAUGAUCUUAGCUGGUUUUGGUAACCUUUCUGGUUGUAUUCAAUUAUGGGAUGUUGUUAAUAGAAAACUUAUUGCCGAAAUCUCUGCAUCUGAUACUACUCUACUAGAAUGGUCACCAGAUGGUGAACAUUUUAUGACAGCUACCACAACGCCUAGAUUGCGAAUGGGAAAUGGGUUCAAGAUAUGGCACUAUAGUGGAACAUUAUUAUAUGAACGACCAUGGAAUAAACAAGAAGAAUUAUGGGAAGUUCUUUGGCAAACAUUUCCUUCUGACACAUUUAAAGAAAAACCGAUUAGUUACAAAGCUGUAGAAGGCAUCGCGCCAAGUCAACCGCAAGCUUCGAAACAAGUAUAUAGACCACCUUCCGCUAGAGGACAAACUAUAACUUUUAAGUUACACGACGAUGAAGAGUUUGGUUCAAAACCCACUUCAGAUCCUAAUCCAUCAAAAGCUGCCUUAAAAGCAAAAAAGAAACGCGAAGCAAAAAAAGCUAAAAAAGAGUUGGAGUUACAAACGAGCAUAAAUUCAGCUACUAGUGGGAUGUUUUCUCACACAAGUAAUCCAACUACCAAUGGACAGAUCUCAAAUAAUUCAUCAAAAAAUCAAAGUAAUGCUGUUGCAUCUGAGUCAGAUCUUACGGAAGAUCCUGAGAAGCAAAAGAAAAUAAAGAAACUUAAGAGCAAAUUAGAUCAAAUAUCAAAAUUGAAAGAACAGUUGUCAGCAGGGAAACAAUUAGAAAUCAAUCAAUUAGAAAAGAUCAAAAAGGAAGCAGAGUUAGUAAAAGAACUGGAAGAACUUAUUUUGUGAUGAAUUGCUGAAAUAUUUUCAGACAGAGACAGAUUUAAAUAAUAUAUUACCUGCAAAUAUUUCUCACAAAGAAGAGAAACAAUCUUGAUAUUUGUUUCACACUACGCUAUCUAAGAGACACGAUUAAGUCAAGUAAAUCGGUUUCUCUGCAAAUGGAGUAAUGGGAACAAUUUGAAAUUGAGUUGGUGAACUCUUAAGUCAGUUUACAAAUUAUUGUGGUUUCUCUAAAUGUGAAACAGAAAUUGCAUUUGUGAAUUGA